CAACAUUGGAAACGCCGACUUUGCAACGCUUUUCCCCAACAGCAAUCUCCGACACAAACAAUCUGAGCUCCACAGAGAAAGACAGCCACCAUGAGAGUCGCCAUAUUCGGUUCCUCCUACGUGAAGCGAGCUUCAAGCUUUACAGACUUUGUCAUGCCAUUUGAAGUCGGGUGGUUUGGAGUUGGUGGGAUGACAGCUUCUCAGCCUUGUCCAAAUAUCAUCUCCAAGAUGUUGAGGUACAACCCGGACAUCGUUGUAGUGUGCUUAGGGGGAAACGACAUUUCCAGUGGAGCCGAGGCGUCAACAGUCAUUGACUGUCUGACGAGCCUUUUCGACCAAAUUAAAGUCUUGAGUCCCAGCUGCAGACAACCCGAGAUUUUCUUCUCAGAGAUUGUUUCUAGAGGAAAAUUUCGAUUUCCUUUGCAGCGUGAGGAGUUUGAUGCAAGGCGUAGAACUGUUAACAAUAAGAUGAAGAAAAUCCUUGGCCGAACCUACAUCAGAAUAGAUGUCAAAUUUCCCAGACAUUACCUUCCCGAUGAGAUCCACUUCAACGAGGCGGGAACAGUCCUCUUCUUGCUUUCAAUAAGCAAGACCAUCAAGAGUCGCUCCUAGGAGUUGACAAUAAACGGCCCUUUUAAGGGCCAUUAAAUUAUUCGAAAAGAUACCAAUGAAUACAGACGUAGAAACGUCGCACUUAACGUAUUUACCCUUUUAUUUUACCGAACUUCUCGGUAAAUGAAAAGGAAAUACGUAAACUUAUAUAAAAAUACACAUAAAGUAUAUAAUACACAAGCAUAACUUAUUUUUUCAUAAUUCCCGGACAUUUCGGCACAAGUGUUAGUUGCUCGAACUUCUGUUUAAACUCGUCAUAUUUCGUUAUAUCUACACAAAACCCUUUAGUUAGACUCAAGCGGCAAACCACAAUGUUCAUGUUAUGAGGCAACAAACUGACAUUACUUGAUCUGUUAUUAAUAAAAUAUAUAUCAUAAAAAUCUACACAUUAAAACAGUGCACGCAAUAUUGCAGGCGCGUAUUUUAUUUGAACAACCGAUUUUUUUCAUACAUAAAUUUUAUAAGUAGCCUUUACGAGACAAUUACCGGUACUUAG